AUGACGACCGAGGACGAAAGAACUAACAAGAGAGAUGUCGGAUCGGCGUCUUUGAGGGAAGACUCUGCGGUUGUGUUAGAAACUGGGGGCCAUCCAACUGGGAAUGAGACUUUAUCAGAGGAACAUUUGGAAGAAAAAUCAUCACGGACGGGGACUUCUGAGCUUGUUCGUGGUGAUGAGAAAGCAGACGAGGCCGAGGAUUUUGUCGUUGUCGAUACUGGAGCUCCUCAGACUACACCAGAAGCAUCACUCAACGAGGUCGACACAGAGGACUCGACAGCUCCUAUAGAAACCAAGGUUCACGAAUCUACCUCUCCCCAAACCAAUGUCGAGGAAGGCGAGACUCCAUCAGGAACCAGUUCUGGGGGUGAUGCUUCGGAUGAAUUAAACAAACAGCCUCGAAAGGCAACAGACGAUGAGGGGCUGGAGGCUGCCAAGAGUAUUAAGACCGAAGAGGACAGGGAGGAGAGCACCUGGGAGGUACAGCCAGAGGAGAUAAAACACACCAGGGACGAGAAAAACGAAGGAGAACCAAGUGAGGAGGAAGAGAAGGAAGAGAAGGAGGAGAAGAAGGAGAAGAGCGAGGAUGAGGACGAGAAAGAUAAUGAGAGCGUGGAGGAAGAGGAUGGGGAUACAGACGACGAUGACUCCGAUGACAACUCCGAUAACGAAGGAACCGACUCCGAUCCCUCUUCAUCAAAAAGCUACGAUGACACCCCAGAAGAGGUCGACGACAAUUCAGCGGCUCGCCUAGAAUGGCUUCGUCAGAAACCCAACAUCUGGCGGGCAAACAGGGGCCUCGACCGAAUCAUGUGCAUGGUGGGCGUCGAGAGGGCAAAGGCGCAGUUCCUUUCGAUGAAGGCUUCCAUCGAGGCUUCUCAGAGGAGGGGAGAAAAGCUGCAUGGCAAAUCUAUAGACAUAAAUGUGAAUGGAGGCGACGGAACAGGAAAGGAUUCCAUCAGGGAGCACUUCAGAGCAUUCAAGGACGAUUUGUACGACUGGAGCGACGACGAUAUCCACGUGUCCAAAUCGCACUGCACAACCCGCACCAUCAAUCUAGACAACUUCACCGAUGCAGAAAUCCACGCCCUUCUCAAACUCCUCUUCAAGAAGCGAAACCUCGAGGUGGAGGGCGGCGUCGGCGGCUUUUACACGGAAAUCUUGGCACGGAGGAUCGGGCGGGGUCGGGACCAGGAGGACUUUCGAAACUUUUGGGCCAUCAAAGAUGCGUUCGUCGAGGCCUGCGAUCGCCAGGCCGACCGGCUCUACGAAGAGCGUCUGGUGUGGGAGAAGAACGGGAGUAAAGAAGGCGAGGAGCCUGAUGACAGGUACCUCACCAAGGAGGAUUUGCUGGGAAAGCCGCCGCCGGAUCUUCGAAAGACGAGCGAGGCGUACAGAGAACUUCAGGCGAUGGUGGGAAUGGAAAAUAUCAAGAAGGCAGUCGAGGAGCUGAUGGACCGCGCGAGAGUCAACUACAGGCUCGAAAUGAGGGGGAAGAAGUUGAUCGAGACGCAUCUCAACAGAGUCAUUAUCGGGCCACCGGGUACGGGCAAAACCACCGUUGCCCACCUCUUCGGACGCAUCAUUUGCGACCUCAAUCUCGUUUCAAAGAAAGAAGUGGUCGCGAAAGACCCGAGCGAUUUUAAUUCGAAAUGGAUCGGCGGUCCGCAGGCAAACACGAAGGAGAUCCUCGAAGAAACGCAGGGCAAGGUCCUCAUUAUCGAUGACGCGCAUACCCUCUGCCCGAGCGACAAUGUAGACCGGUCGUCAUCUAAAGUCGACACGAACCGGUUUGAGAUCUUGGAUACGAUUGUCGCCAAAACAUCCGCCAAACCCAACCAGGAUCGUUCGAUUAUAAUGGUCGGAUACCCAGAGCAGAUGCACGAUAUGUUCUUCAAGGGUAACCGGGGCCUUCGUAGCCGGUUUCCGCCCGAAGAAGCGUUUGUGUUGGAGGAUUAUAGCCUGCCACACUUAAUGGACAUUUUUGAUAAGACGCUCCAAGAGCAGGAGACGGAAGCGACGCCCGUGGCGCGGGAGGUUGCAUCACAAAUCCUUGGUAGAGCGAGGGAUAGGCCAAAUUUUGGAAAUGGGCGGGACGUUGAGAAUUUGGUAAAUCGGGCGAGGUCUGGAUACAGAGAGCGGAUCGUGAAGCAGCGUGCUGAGGCUAAAAUGGAGGCAGCGACAAUGGAGACUAAUGGAGAGGUGGCAGGAAAUGAAAAGGACGUCAUCGGCCCCUUGGAAGUAAAGGUUGAACCCCCCGAAGCCGAUGGAUCCGAGGAGAACCCAGCGAAGAAAGCAGGGGAACCCAAAGCGCGAGAGUCUGAGGACAAUCCUCCUGACAUCGAGCUUGAUCCUUUCGAACUCGGCGACCACGUAGUCCUGGAACCUGAAGACCUCGACCCCAACUGGAAACGAGCAUCCGGCGCCGGCGCAAGCUGCGAAGACUUAUUCAAAGAGUUCGUAGGCUUCGACCAAGUUGUCCAACAGUUCCGGGGCUAUCAGCAGAUCGCGGCGGGUAUGAGACUCCAUGGCAGAGACCCACGACCAAACAUACCCUUCACAUUCGUCUUCAAGGGUCCACCCGGAACGGGCAAGACGUCCACGGCCCGAAAGAUUGGUCAAAUCUUCUACGACAUGGGAUUCCUCGCUAGCGCCGAGGUCAUCGAGUGUUCAGCCACCGACCUCAUCGGACAAUACCUAGGCCACACGGGGCCCCAAGUACAAGCCAUCAUGGAGAAGGCCCUGGGAAAAGUCCUCUUCAUCGACGAAGCGUACCGUCUCGGUUCCGGUACCAGAGGAGUCUCGAGCGGCAGUUCCUUCGAAGAAGAAGCUGUGGGCGAGCUGGUGGACAGCCUCACGAAACCGCGGUACAUGCGUAAGAUGGUGAUCAUCCUAGCGGGCUACAGCGAGGACAUGGACCUGCUCAUGAAAUCCAACAGGGGCCUCCGCGGCAGAUUUGCCACAGAGGUUAUCUUCCCUCAACUAAGCCCCGCGCAGUGCCUCCUCUUCCUCGGCCAGCUCCUGGGAAAGAUGGACAUUACCAUCAGGGAUAGGACGGCGCCGAGCAGCGAGGAUAAGAGUAAGGUGCAGAGGUUGCUGGCCAAGUUGAGCGCCACGAGGGAUUGGUCGAAUGGGAGGGAUAUCGAGACGCUUUCGCAGAAGAUUAUUGGGGAGGUGUUUAUGAUGGAGGGGCGGAAGGGGAGGAAGUCGGCGAGGUUGCAGGUUUCGACGAGGGAGCUUAUUGGGUUUUUGCAGGAUAUGUUGAGGGCCAGGUUGGCAGGAGAACUGCAGGACCGUGAGUGA